UUUAAUCAGAUCUAUGUGGAAUUCGAUGGCUGUAACUGGAGCCAACAUGCAUGGGUGAAAGUCCAUGCUGAAGAAGUUAUAGUGUUGCUGCUGGAAGGAUCAUUGGUUUGGGCACCUCGAAAUGAUCCAGUUAUGCUUCAGGGGACUCGAAUCUCGCAGGCACAGUGGCCUGCACUGACCUUCACUCCUCUAGUAGAUAAACUGGGGUUAGGCUCUGUAGUCCCAGUGGAGUUUCUUCUGGACAGACAUUUACGUUUCCUGUCUGAUGCCAGUGGAUUACGUUUAUUUCAGAUGGGAACAGAGAGUCAAAAUCAGAUUCUGCAGGAGCAGCCUUCACUAAGAGAAUCUGUCAAUGCACUGAUCAGUGACCAGAAGCUUCAGGAGAUAUUUAGUAGAGGUCCUUACAGUGUCCAAGGCCAAAGAGUUAAAGUUUAUCAACCAGAGGAUGAAAAUAGCUGGCUCUGUGGUGUUGUGAGUCACCAAGACCCAAUAACUCGUCUUAUGGAGGUGUCUGUGACUAAGAGUGGUGAAAUAAAGUCGGUGGAUCCUCGACUGAUUCAUGUGGUGAUGGAUAACACUUCUUCAAGCGAGGGAGGGGGCCUAAAAGUGGCUAAAUCAUCAUCUAAAGGGAAAAAGAAGAAAGAAAGCCUGGAGGGAAAGGAUGGAAGGAGGAGGAAAAAUGUAUCAGAUCCUGGUUGUGAUCCUGCAACAAAGAAGCUGAAGGAGAGGGGUGAGGCAGAUAGCAAUGGUAGUGAUGGAGGUGAGGCAAGCAGAGGUCCCUGGAAAGGAGUCUCCAGUAGUGAAACAGGACUGGAUCCAAGGGCCAAGCAGUUGCCUUCAUUUAUUCCUCAGAUUAAUCGCAAUAUUCGUUUUGCUACUUACACCAAAGAGAAUGGCAGAACACUAGUAGUCCAAGAUGAGCCAGUUGGUGGUGACACACCAUUGCCCUUCACUCCAUUUUCUUCUGUGGCUGGACAACCAUUACUAGUUGGAUCUGGAUGUAAAGAGGCAGGAAAAUCACUGGAACAGGUUGGCCAAGGCACAGUGACUUCUGCAACUGCAGUUACUACAACUGCUUUGACACCGACAACUGUGAGAAUCUCUGAUACCAGUUUGCCAGCUGUUACUGGACAGGAGAAACCAAAAACAGGCCGAUCACAAGCCCAGGGAGAGAAUUCCCGAAGUUCACUUUUGGCUUCUGGAUUUGGAGUUUCACUCCCAAGUGCUUCCCAGUCCUCCUUGGUAUUUGGGGCUGGAAGGAGCCAAUCAAAUGGAGUGAUGACUCCAGAAAGCAAACCUUCUGGAUUUUCUUUUGGCUCUGGUACUGGACAAGAGGCUCAGAAAGAUUCGGAUUCAUCCAAGAACUUGUUUUUUCAGUGCAUGUCCCAAAAUCUUCCUUCCAGUAACUAUUUCACGGUCAUUUCAGAGAGUUUGACUGAAGAUGUCUCUAGUCGGGACUCAUUCAAGCAGUGUACAGAGAGUGUGGGUCCUGGGACUUGUAAAGGUAAAAUUCUUUCAGUGGACAGUAAGCCAGGAGCCCAGUCUGGUAGUUCUGUAGAGCGGAAGUUGCCUGUGGAAUCUAUGCCUACCCUUACUCCAGCCUUUUCACGAAGUCUGCUGAAUACUCGUCCCCCUGAUAGUCAUGAAAACCUAUUUUUACAGCCCCCAAAGCUAUCACGAGAGGAACCCUCAAACCCUUUCCUGGCAUUUGCUGAGAAAGCAGAACUUAGUCCUUUCAGUGGCUUUGCAUCUUCAUCUCAGACAGGAGUUUGUGCUCCCUCAACACCUGUGGGUCAUAAGGUCACUUCUGGCUGGCCGGAAUCACUCACCUCUACAGACUCUUUAACUAAGAAGAAAACCUUGUUUAUAACAACUGACUCCUCAAAGAUGAUCUCCAGUGUUUCUGGUUCAACAACUGCUGCUGGUGUUCAAAGCCCUUCCACUGUAGGGAAUGGCCGUUCCAGCUCACCAAGCAGCAGCCUGACACAGCCUAUUGAGAUGCCUACACUUUCCUCCAGCCCAACAGAAGAAAAACCAGCUGUUGGGCCUGGGCAGCAGGACAAUCCUCUUCUGAAAACGUUUUCUAAUGUCUUUGGCAGACAUCCACCUACCCUUUUCUCUUCACAGGCAGAGUUUCCACAGGAGAAGAAAGCCCCUUUUGAAGCUGUGAAAAGGUUUUCACUAGAUGAGCGGAGUUUAACGUCCAAACAGGACUCCGACUCCAGUACAAAUAGUGAUCUGUCAGAUUUGAGUGACUCUGAAGACCAGUUGCAAGCUAAGGCUUGUAUGAAGGGUAUCCCAGACCACUUGAUGGUGAAGCUAGGCCCCAAUGCGGAGCGCAAUGCAGAAUUGCUGCUGGGUAAAGGAAAGGGGAAGCAAGGCCCAAAGGGCCGGCCCCGCACAGCUCCCUUAAAAGUUGGCCAGUCUGUGCUGAAAGAUAUGAGUAAGGUGAGGAAGCUGAAGCAGUCAGGUGAGCCUUUUCUCCAGGAUGGCUCUUGCAUCAAUGUAGCUCCACAUCUGCACAAGUGUCGGGAGUGCCGUCUGGAGCGGUACCGCAAAUUUAAGGAGCAAGAGCAGGAUGACUCAACUGUGGCCUGUCGCUUCUUCCAUUUCCGGAGGCUGGUAUUUACCCGGAAAGGUAUACUACGAGUAGAAGGUUUCUUGAACCCACAACAAAGUGACCCUGAUGCCAUGAGCCUAUGGAUUCCUUCUACUGCCCCUGCAGAGGGGAUUGAUCUGGAAACUUCUAAAUAUAUCCUGGCCAAUGUUGGGGACCAGUUUUGCCAGCUUGUUAUGUCAGAGAAGGAGGCAAUGAUGAUGGUAGAGCCACAUCAGAAGGUGGCAUGGAAGCGAGCAGUACGUGGUGUGAGGGAGAUGUGUGAUGUAUGUGAGACAACACUCUUCAAUAUUCAUUGGGUUUGUCGGAAGUGUGGUUUUGGAGUCUGUCUGGACUGUUACCGGCUGAGGAAGAACCGUCCACAUAGUGAGACAGAGGAGAUUGGUGAUGAAGAAGUUUUCUCAUGGCUGAAGUGUGCAAAGGGUCAGUCUCAUGAACCAGAGAAUCUCAUGCCAACACAGAUCAUCCCUGGUACAGCGCUUUACAAUAUUGGAGACAUGGUUCAUGCAGCACGAGGCAAAUGGGGUAUUAAAGCAAAUUGUCCAUGUAUUAACAGACAGAACAAAUCGGUACUGAGACCAGCUGUCACUAAUGGAAUAUCACAGCUUCCAACUGUAAAUCCUGGUGCAUCAGUCUCUGGAAAUGAGAAUGCCUUUUCCACUGGAGCAGGGACAGCAGGAGUGGGGCAAGUAGAAAUGGACACUGUACCAAAAUCUGAAGCAACUGAUAGUAGAAUAGAAGAAUCUGCAAAAACAGAGACAUUACCAACCAGUAACACUGGGGAAGUAAAGACUAACAGACCACUUUGUCCAGAAACAGCUCCAUCAUCAGCUUUACACUGGCUUGCAGAUCUAGCAACGCAAAAAGCAAAAGAGGAAACAAAAGAAUCAGGAUCACUGAGAUCAGUGCUUAAUAAAGAAUCCCAUUCACCCUUUGGAUUAGAUUCCUUCAACUCCAGUACAAAGGUUUCCCCACUAACCCCAAAGCUGUUUAAUAGCCUCUUGUUGGGCCCAGUGACAUCUAGCAACAAAGCUGAAGGCUCCAGCCUCAGAGAUCUGCUACACACAGGGCCAGGAAAGCUCCCUCAGGUCCCGUCAGACACAGGAAUCCCCUUUCCUCCAGUCUUUUCUGCAGCUUCUACGGGGGUCAAAGGUAAAGCCAGCCUGCCAAACUUCUUGGACCAUAUCAUUGCUUCUGUGGUGGAAAACAAGAAGACGUCUGAUGCUGCAAAACGAGCUAGUAAUUUAGCUGACACACAGAGAGAGGUGAAGGAAAUGGUAAUGGGAUUAAAUGUGCUGGAUCCACACACUUCCCACUCUUGGCUGUGUGAUGGUAGACUUCUUUGCCUUCAUGAUCCCAGCAACAAAAACAACUGGAAGAUCUUCAGGGAAUGCUGGAAACAAGGCCAGCCCGUGCUGGUAUCUGGUGUCCAUAAGAAGUUGAAGUCAGAGCUUUGGAAACCAGAAGCUUUCAGCCUGGAAUUUGGAGAUCAAGAUGUAGAUUUGGUGAACUGCAGGAACUGUGCCAUAAUUUCAGACGUGAAAGUGCGUGACUUCUGGGAUGGCUUUGAGAUAAUAUCUAAGCGGCUCAGGUCAGAUGAUGGUCAGCCAAUGGUACUAAAGUUAAAGGACUGGCCUCCAGGGGAGGACUUCAGAGAUAUGAUGCCUACGAGGUUUGAGGACUUGAUGGAAAAUCUUCCUCUUCCUGAAUAUACCAAGAGAGAUGGCAGACUGAAUUUGGCUUCUAGGCUGCCAAGCUACUUUGUCCGUCCUGACUUGGGUCCCAAAAUGUACAAUGCAUAUGGUUUAAUUACUGCAGAAGACAGACGAGUUGGUACCACAAACCUGCACUUGGAUGUGUCCGAUGCUGUUAACGUCAUGGUGUAUGUUGGGAUUCCCAUUGGGGAAGGGACCCAUGAUGAUGGUAAUGCUUAAGGAAGGCUGUUUUCCCUACACUAAAAAUCAAUUGUGUGUGUAAGAAGACUGUAUAUUUUAUUGUUUAAGUUUGUCAUAUCUAUGAUAUAAUUCAAGUAUACAAGGUAGUUUGCUACAUUCACGGCACGUAAAUAAAAGUGCGGUGAUGCUUCAUUAGUUUCCAACUGUGGGAGCAGCAGAGUUUUGCUAGAAAUUAGUACAUUCCCAAAGAAAGGAGGAGAAAGGGUAACUUAAUACCCUGUUGUCGUGGUU